AUGGUGGUGUUCAUCGACUAUGACCGCGAUGUCUUCAAUAAGGAUCGCUUUCCUGACCCUCACGGCAGUGCAUUUCAGCCAUACCUUCAGCCAGAGAAGCCUGUACUGUCGAAGUUGAAUGCGGCUAGCUCUGGCCUGCCUUCGCACGAUGCGGGGAUGGUAACCGACGAUGGUCACCGUGCAGAUCCCGUCUAUGAGGCUAGUCAGCCUUCUGAGGACCAGGUGACGCCCAACCGGAAUGGUUUUUCGGCUGCUCUAAGCUGCUAUCCCGUUGUCAAAGAGAUUGCCCGACAGGUGGACCUCAACACCCUUCACGCCCUUUCCAGGACGUGUCGUCAAUUUCAUGCGAAUCUAGCACCAUAUCGACACCAGCUUGUCAAACAGACGCUGCGUUGCGAGAAUGAAUAUGUGGAGACCUUGGCAGACUUGUUGGACGGCGGCACGCCGAUUCCUGAGAGCGUAAAAUCAGUGCUUCGACUAGUCAGCCAAGGUACCAGAGGCCCUGGAAGGCUGGUCCGGGGAAAAGUGGGCAAAUGUGCCCGGGAUAUGGUAGGGGAAUGCCGGAGAUGCUCCCGAGUGGUCUGCAGGAACUGCACCAUCAAACCUCCAAGUAGAACCAUGCUCAAAACCCGCGUCCGUCGCCUUUGUACCCCCUGUCGCACUGCUCCCUUGGCUGCUCACCUCACCUGGUAUCCUUCCACGUCACCUUCCCUUGACAGGGAAUCGCCGCUGGAUCUAUCGCAGUUUACGGCACCUGCUUUUAUGCAUUCACCUUGCACGUGUGAAGACAAUAUCUGGCUCUGCUAUCCAUGUGGUCAAACAUUACGCAACAGUGAUACUACCUACCGACGGGUGUGGAGCUGGCGUACCCGGUAUAGCAGCUAUCUCGGUGGCCUUGGGACCGGGAUCGGUGAAGGUUGCCAAGGGGUGAAGUGCGGACGGGAAGAGGAAUGCUUAGCUGCUCAGGAUAUCGAACUGGAAGUAGAAUGCGAGGCAGACGAGGCAUCGCCAUUGGGUACCCCACAUAACCACCCAGGGCACGCCAAUCUCAGUUCUCACAACAAUUUCCUGCGCGACCCAUCAGCGGAAAGGCACACCGACCACGAUGAAGAGAAACCGGGGUAUUUUCGGCAAGAGAUCAUCGGUAUUGGCGGACGAGUCAAACAGAAGGCGAAGAAGCGCGUGACUGUCGGGGCCUGCGUGGUUGAAUAUGAAGAUGAGCGGGAUACAGAUCAGUUUCUUACUCGCGAGGAGCAGAGGACCAACAGGAGUUGGUGCGGAUGGUGUUGGCGGGUCAUUCCGUCGAAGGAUGACUUGGCUUAA